GCGGGGCGGCGCGAGAAACCCUCCUGCGGCGCCGCUGCCCGGCCCGGCCCGGCCCGGCCCGGCCCCGCUCCCCGGAGCUGCUGCCCAGAGCUCUCCAGGUGCCGUCUCUGCUUCACCGCCCCGUGUCCAACCGGUGAGGGAGAGGCUCUUGGAUGCUGGGGACUACAGUCGGGUCAGCUGGUUCGCAACGCGGAGGUCGUGACUGCAUGGAUUUGUUGUGGGGACAAGAACUCGCAGCUGUUUUCCUUGAAAACCACAGUUAUGCUGCUACAGCCAAAAUGCUGAGAACCCCUAUCAGCUGCUGUGAGUAGCUUCGUGUCAGCUGCACAAUGCUGCAUCCCAGGGACCACAGUGUGAGGCAGAGGUGAACCCAGGAGACCGUGGCUACCAGCACAGCUGCCAGGAUGACCAAAGCGCGGCUCUUCCGGCUUUCAGUGGUGUUGGGGUCCAUCUUCAUGAUCCUUCUGAUCAUCGUGUACUGGGACAAUGUGGGGACAACUCACUUCUAUCUGCAUACAUCCUUCUCCAGGCUUCACCCCCUGGGAGCCCUCCCCACCGUCGCUCAAGACAAAGACCGGGAAGCCUUGUCAGAUGUGGAUGAGUUUUUGGAGAAGCUGCUGAGUUCUGGCUUGAGGCAGAACAGCCUCAGCACCAGGAAGACGGAGCAGCCUCCCCCACAGGGAUCCAGCCAGCCUGUCUUGGGUAACUUGGAGGAGAACGUGAGAGGCUACGAUUGGUCCACCCAUGACGCCAGAGUGAGCCUGGACCAGGAGAAGCUGCAGGCCGAGAGGCGGAGGAUGCUGCAGGAGUUCUGCGCCAAUUCCAGCUUCGCCUUCCCCACCAAGGAGCGCUCCUUCGAUGAUAUCCCCAACUACGAGCUCAACCACCUCAUCGUGGACGAUCGCCACGGCAUCAUCUACUGCUACGUCCCCAAGGUGGCCUGCACUAACUGGAAACGGGUGAUGAUCGUACUGAGCGAGAGCCUGCUGGAUCAGGGCGUCCCUUACCGGGACCCCUUGGACAUCCCCCGGGAACAUGUCCACAACACCAGCACUCACCUGACAUUCAACAAAUUCUGGCGCCGCUAUGGGAAGUUCUCCCGUCACCUCAUGAAGAUCAAACUGAAGAAAUACACCAAAUUCCUCUUUGUGCGUGACCCCUUUGUGCGCCUCAUCUCCGCCUUUCGCAGCAAGUUCGAGCUGGAGAACGAGGAGUUCUAUCGGCGGUUCGCCAUCCCUAUGCUGAAGCUCUACUCCAACCACACCAAUCUCCCCACCUCUGUUAGCGAGGCCUUUGGGGCAGGCCUCAAAGUCUCCUUUUCUGACUUCAUCCAGUACUUACUGGACCCCCGGACAGAGAAGAUGGCCCCUUUCAACGAGCACUGGAGGCAGGUGUACCGCCUCUGUCAUCCGUGCCAGAUAGAUUAUGACUUUAUUGGGAAGUUGGAGACCUUGGAUGAAGAUGCAGCUCAUCUGCUGCAGCUUCUCAAAGUGGACAGGCUACUCCGCUUUCCUCCCAGCUACCGAAACAGGACUGCCAGCAGCUGGGAGGAGGACUGGUUUGCCAAAAUCCCUUUGGCAUGGAGGAGGCAGCUCUACAAGCUGUAUGAGGCAGAUUUUGUACUCUUUGGCUACCCCAAGCCAGAAAACCUCCUUAAAGGCUGAAAGUGGGGGAGGGCACGGGAGUGACACCCCAAAUACCCCAAAUCCCAUGAAAGGUUUAAAGUCUCCUACUUCGUGGCUCACAAUUCAGUAUAUAUAUUUUUUCUACUGCUUCUCCUUCCACAUGUGCAUUAUUGCAGGAAACCAGAACACUCCCACCGGCUGUGCCCACACAGAAGACACCCCUCCCCUCACCGUGGUUUGGUUUUCAGACAGCCCCAGUCACUCCCUCACCUGUGUCCUCGGUCACUUUUUCUUAAUACUUUUUUUAAAUUAAUAUAUUUAAACUAUUUAAUAUGAAGCGUGUGUUGUGGCACAGGAAGGGAUGGAGUAAAAGAAAAGAAAGAUGGUGAACCUGC